CUAUUUCUAUCUAUAUCUCUUUCUCAGUCUGUUUGUGUGUUCGUGUUUUUCUUUCCCAUUCUCUCUUUGUUUGUGUCUCUGUCUCUCUCUCUCUCUUUCUGUCUUUCUCUCUCUGUCUGUCUGUAUGUGUGUGUGUUUAUUUCCCACUCUUUCUGUUUCUGGUACAUUCCUCAUGGCAGACUUCCUGUUCACGAAAGAACCAUUGUUCUACCCACUUCCUUUCGAUCAGAGAUCAUUUCCUGUUAGCAUAGCUAUAAUAUUCAGACUGUUGCACCGACCACACUUAUCUGAUUCAACUUCGAAUGGACUGGAUCAACUUGUUCAUUAUUCUGUGACAAAAUAAAGUGAAACAGCAUGCCGUGUUUUUAGGAAGCAGUGCUCUUGGUGCUCCAGUGUGCUGAUCAGCUUCUCAGUGAAGUAUAAAUAUGGGCCUUAUAUGAAGCAAAAAGAGGAUCUAGGCCAACUAUAGGAUUCUCUUUUUAGCUGGAUAAUGUGGAUGGUAAAAUUUUAAAGGUGCAGUUUGUAAUUUCUUAAGUGUUUCUACAUUGAUGAUGAUGAUAAUAAUUUCAGACAGUGAUUUGCAUAGUUGCAAUGCAACGAACAUGGUUUUUUAAGCUGUGUUCACACCAGUGUCUUAAUUACGAGAUUCCGACUUGUAAAAAGUGUUCAUGUCCUCGUAGAACUUAUAAUUACAUCUUGUAAACUAGGAAUUUUCGGAGCGCUCUGACUUGUACCUCCUGACCGCUGCAACAUCAUGUGGAAACGCUCAAAACGGUGGCGGCUUCAGCAGUAAAAUGUAGUUAAGUAGUUAUCUCAUAAUAUUUGUAUAAUUGACUAUUAUUAAUGUCUUAAUAAUGCAAGCUUAAUCUGAAAAGAAACAAAAGACAUACGCAGCGUAUUUAUUUUACAGUCGUCAACAACGACGCAUAAUUCCGAGUCCGAGGACAUGAACAGCUCCGAGUAGAACCUCCGGGUUGUCAUCUAGUAAUUACGGAAGGCCCCUGGCUGGCUGAGCGCGUCGAUGUGCCAUGCUGCGGUCACUGAGCUUCUGAAAGAUGACCUUUCACCUUUCCACUGCCCUAAGGACCCUGAACAGCAGCAGGAGACUGAAGCAGAAGUAGUUUUGCUGCAGUCUGAGCCUGUUCAGCGUCUGUUUAUCAACAAGCUGCAAGAAGUGGGUGUGGCCUGGCAGAAACAGCUGCCCAAUCGCACGCCUCGGUCUUCACGGUCUCGCCUCUGUUCUGUCCACGCCAUUCGGAACACGCGCAGGAAGAUGGAGGAUCGUCACGUGUUACUGCCUGAGUUUAACCAACUAUUUGGGUUACAGGACGGUGUGGAGCGUGAGUACUAUGCUGUGUUUGAUGGUCACGGAGGAGUCGACGCAGCCACCUACAGUUCGACUCACCUGCACGUCAUCCUCAGCCAACAAGCGGUGCUGAAGAGUGACCCCAGCACAGCCUUUAAGAAGUCCUUCAUACAAACGGACGACAUGUUCAGGAUCAAGGCCAGGAGAGAGCGCAUGCGCAGUGGCAGUACGGGCGUGGCCGUGUUGCUGGCUGCUGAUUGGCUGACUGUGUCCUGGCUGGGCGACUCGCAGGCCAUGCUGGUGAGGAAGGGCGAGCCCGUCAUCCUCAUGGACCCCCAUAAACCGGAGAGAGAGGACGAGAAGAAGAGAAUAGAGGAUCUGGGUGGCUGCAUUGCUUUCAUGGGCUGCUGGCGUGUUAACGGGACAUAUGCUGUUUCCCGGGCGAUAGGUGAUUUCGAUCAGAAGCCGUACGUGUCCAACGCGGCAGACUGCUCCUCGGUUCAGCUGAAUGGAGAUGAGGACUACGUCCUGUUGGCCUGUGACGGUUUCUUCGAUGUUUUGCGGCCAGCUGACGUUCCCGCUCUGGUGCUGGAGGCCCUGCGUGAGACUGGUGGCUCGGGGGAGGACGUCGCUCAGAGCCUUGUGGCUCAGGCUAAAGCUGCAGGCUCCAGCGACAACAUCACCGUGCUGCUGGUGUUCCUGCGCGAGCCUCGGGACCUUCUACUCUCAGAGAUCACAGCAGGGCAAGUGUGAGAGAGACAGGAGUGUUAGCGCAGACCAAUAGAGGGCUGAUUAUCUCUUUGCCAUCUCAGUGUAUCUAACAUCAAGGCAUCAUAUUGCUCAGUGUCAUACUUUUAUGCUUAAGGUCGUCGAGGAGCGAAAUGAUGCCAGUGUUGUUCUUAAUAUCAGACAAACAGUGUUUUUUUUUUUGUUUUUUUUUUAUAAUGCUAAAAAGUGAUGCCGUUUAUUUUACAUUUUUUACAGCCUUGUUUUCUAUUAUACCAUUUUUACAUGCAUAAAUCUGUAAGAUUGUCACUAUUUUUGAAUCUCAGUCAAGAGGCGUCAUCCUUUUUUUUUUUUUUUUUUUUUUAAAUUUAAUUUUUAAUUUUUAUUUUUUCCUAACUUAGCUUUGCCUUGACAUAUUGACUGUUUAUGAUGUCCCAGGUGCUUAUUGUUCCAAAAAGGAACCGUUCUUAGGGAUCACUGUUCUCUGUUUAAAAACAGCGCAAAGUGUGAACGCAUCGGUUGCGUAUGGAAUUAAAUUUGUGCCAAAAGUAUUGAACGUAACUUUUCAAGAACUGAGCAAAAAUAUACAAUGAGAGAAAAGAGAAACACUCUGAAACUGAAAACGGUGAACUCGGUGGCACGCUCUUCGAAUAAACGGCGUUCUUUAACAGUUUUCUAAGCUUCCUUUUCGCUAAUCAUGGUUUACGAAUGCGUUUUCGUUUACGCUUUCCAACUUUCCAUUUACGCUCCGCAAGGUUGCGUUCACCAUUCUGGCACAACUCUUACGUGUGGGCGGGGCUUAACAGCGAUUCAUUCUCAUUGGCUAGUGAGAUUUGGAGCGACAGCUCCUUGACCUGGAAGUAGAGCCUUCAGUUCUCUGCAUAGUUAUAAGUGUUUGUCCUUUGUAGUGGAAAUUAUUUACUUACUUAGUCAGUAUAUUAGUUGGUAAUUUAAUAUUUGAGGUUUGGGUAGUCUCAUACGACAAUUUUUUCCGAGAUGAGCUCUCAGGAGUCUUCAUCAUCAUCCUCCUAUUCAGCCGGUUACUCGAGCUAUCGAUCCAAAUCUCACUAGCCAAUCAGAGUAAAUCGCUGUUAAGCCCCGCCCACACGUGAGAGAUGUGCCUGAAUGGUGACCGUAAACUUGCAGAGCGUAAAAGAAAACUCUGGCAGCGCAUUUGUAAACUGUGAUUAGCGGAAAUGAAGAUUAGAAAACUGUUAACAAAGGGACGCUGUUUAUUUGAAGAACGGGUUACGUUUUUGCCACGGAGUUCACUGUAUUCAGUCUCGGAGAGUUUUUCUCCUUUCUCAUCGUAUUUUUUUUUGUUCGUUUCUUGAAAAGUUGCGUUCAAUAUUUUUAGCACAAAUUUAAUUCUAUAGUUGUGAAGUUAUUUUCGUGACAUUAGCAAAGUAUUGGGUUCAACUUUCUGUUAAGAUGUUAUGAUUUGCCAGUCUGUGUUUUUUUUGUUUUUUUUUUAGUUUCUUUUAUUUUUACCUUUAUUUAUAGCUGUUACAAAGCAGUAUAACGUUAUAGGCACACCAGCCUGUAUUGGUCAAAGCGUCAUGCUUUUAUAAAUAUAGAUAAAAUGCACACUUUUUUUUUUUUUUUUUUGGGUCUUCUUUAGAACGUCAGUCAGUGUUUUUGCAUAAUUUUUAAAAAAUGUUUUAAUAUGCAUUUGUUAAUGACAUGAACUGUUAGUAGCCUUUUAGUGCCAAAAAAAACAACGUGUUUGCAAGAGUCUAACUUAGCCAGGAGUUCUAUGUGUAUGUAAUCUCCUUUAGUAUGUAUGUAUAUAAUUAAUAUAAUUAAUAUAAUUUAACUUAAAGGGGCUGUUUGUAAUUUUUAGAGUUUUUUUUUUUUUUUUUUUGGCCUGAGAGCUGAACUGCAGUUGCAACAAAAAUAUUCAUAAACCCCACCUCCUCUGUUAAAACUACAUAUGAUUUUUGAGUUUCCUUGUAAAUGAAAGUGGAGGAGCUAAUUUCAGGGCCAGAAAAAUGUAACCAAGUCCUCAAAUUUUUUAGGGGGGAAACCCUAGCAACAAUAUUCAAUAUUGCAAACCCCAGUUUUCUGAAAGUAUUUUUGAAACUUUGAUUAUUACAGGCCUAGAAGCACUUCUAAACUUUACAGACAACAACUUUAAUCCCUUUUCCUCAUUGAAAACAGUGUUAUGGUGAUUAACGUGGUCAGUUUUCCAGACUUUAAUUUAUUCUAAUUCCAGACUAAGACAGAUUUUUUGAGUCCAAGCCUGGAAAAACUGUUCCUCCAAACAUGUUGGUUCCUCCAAAGAGUAGUUUGUUUGUGUUUGUGUUUGAGGAAUAUUAACUUGCAGCCAGGCCGGCUUGCUGUCGGGCCACAGGUCCUGCAUGCGCUGGGCCGUCUCACGUUACCGUCUGUUCAGAUGUCAUGAAUAUUUGAAAGCCUUGUGACAUGGAACUAAUAUGACUGGACCGCGGCUUUAACGCAAGCAGGCUAAAAAUAGAGCUAACUAUACAGCGAGACGAGGAAUGAGAGUGAUGAUUUAGUGAUUUUGGUCUAUAGAAAAUGCUGAGGAGCGUGACGUGCCGUGAUUUUCUUUCACAUUUUCAUUUUUAAUCUGUUUUAACAAUCUUGUGUGUGACUAUGAAUAACUGACUUACAAUAUCUUCUAUCUGCCUCAGAAACGUGUCUUUACUGUUGUUCUGCGCAGCAUUGCAGUUUGCAACAAUGGUCGGACAUUUUGGAGUGAUGUAUGUGUGAUUUUUAUUUUUUACAAACUGAUAACGUGCAUUUUGUAUGUGAAUAAUUGAAUAAUUCAAUGAUCUUGUAUCUUUCUCGGUAAUGACAGUGGUUGCCAUGGUUACUGGUAUAAAUGGACUAGCAGUGCUAACCUCUAUUGUGUUUCAAGGAUAAAACGACAUGAAUAGAGGUUUUCCGUUUUUGGCAUCCGUACCAGAUUAUUUCCUGGUUAACAAAUGUCGUUAAGCGAUAUAUUUCAGAUUUUUGUAGAACCAGCAACAGCACUGAUAUUAGUUGUAAGAAAAAUACACCGAAGGGUAUGAAGAAAUGCAUUAUGGGGCUGAUUUCUUUCCAGCCCACUCUGGAGAUUCAUGCAGCCGAUCAGGCUAUAUUUUCUUCGUUGAGUUGAUGAUGAUUAGAUUUGAACCCUUAAAAUUUUAGGAUAGUAGAAUGGGUUUUUUUUUUUUUUUUAAACUUCCAUUUCAUUUUUUAAAUUUUUCUCUCCAAUUUGCUCACCUGCAAAUUCCCACCCAUCUCCCCUAUCAUGCGACAGCUAAGCUACCAACAAGGAAGUGUGAAGACUAGCACGUUUCUGAGAUACGUGAAAACCAGCCAACAGCAUUGUUUCAAACUGCUGCUCAUGCUGCAUCACAGGGCAGCGUAACACACUCGGAGGAAAGCACUAUCUGCCCUCUUCCGCAUACUAGAGCUCAUGGACGCCCUUGAUUGGUUAGUGUCACUGUGAUCGACACUCGUGAGAGAGCAUGCCAUCCCUCCCACCCUGAGAUCACGGCCAUGGAUGGUCGUAGCGUUGUCGGGGUUCGAAUUUACAAUCUCCUGACGGAUGCUUUUCUGUUGCACCACUUUCACCUUAAGAGCAUUCGAUUUCUAUGACGAGUUUCCCGAGAACCUUUUCUAAAUGUUCCUGCAAUGUUUUUUAGUCAAGUAAAGUUCUGUCCAACUUUAAACGUGUGAGAAAAUCCGUUAUCCCCCGAAAGUUUUCAGAACAUUUCAGAAACGUUAUUUUUGUAACAUCACAGCCGAAUCGUCGUAGAACCUGUUAAAUAUGUGACUGAACACCAGGUUUGGAUGCUUUUCUCUUGGGUGCUUUCCUGCUAUGUGUCGUGUCAUGACGUUGAAAACCCUUAGAUCAGGAGUGUAUGUAUUUGACUGUGACCUGCUUUGAUUUGGCUAUCAGUUAUCUCUCUGCUGUUAGUCUGUACAGUCAUUGUGUGCCCCUUGCAUAAUGUGGAAACUUAACCCGUCUGAUCUCACAUUUCCCAUCAGACCAGUAAUACUUCAUGACUUCACUGGAGAUGUAAUCAGACAUGUUUAGAUCAAACUAAUAUCCUGCGUUACCGAUGUAUAAUGUUGUGUAUCAACAAAACACACUUCUUUUUUUUUUUUUUUUUUCCUUUUUUUUCCUUCUUUUUCCGCAGUUGGGUACAGUUUGUCUCAUCUCACGCAAAUUGUUUUUGAGCAGAGUUAACAUUUAUAAUAUUGAACAUCAUGUAUUCUGAGUUUUUAUUAACAUUGAACAGCCUGUGGUGAAUUACUUUCUGUUGCUGAAACAAAUCAGUUCAUUAUUGACUGGAUGCAGCGUUCUAAGGGAAACUAGUAGCUUGUUGAUGUUUGUAUUAUUAGAGGACGUGAAUCCAGAACACUUAACCCAUGUAUAACGCAUAUCUCACACUUUUGUGCCUUAUUUUGUUGUAAUACAAAAACUGGAUUCUUUUUCACAUGUACUGAACUGAACCGACCGGCUUGUUCAUUCCACUUGAACUUUUCUACGUGCUGUUGUGCUUGUUUUAAACGGUUUAUACACUUUUCUACUUUAUAUCGACGAAUAACUUUGAUUCCACACUGUUUUUGUAUGUCGUUAAUACGUAAUUUAAUGAUAACAUCGGUCAUUUAGAAUUGAUUCAGGUUUCUGUAAGGAAAAGCCAGUGGAUAUAUUUUGGAAAGCUUUUCCUGGAAAGUAUUACAUCUGCAUUUCAUUUGCAUUCAGUAACACGAAAGUUGAAAUCUAAUAUUCAGUCGGAAUAUUAAAUAAACGAUAACCACAUGUCUCA